GGAGCUCAUCAUGCCACACACCAGCCUAGCUCUGAGCAGCGUACGCGAAGCCGACGCGGCAGUUUAGAACGGCAAGUCACUGUUCAUUAAUAAUAAUUCAUCGGCCUUGCAGACCGCAGCUCAAAAUUCAAACCUAAGCGGUAGUUGCAUUGCAUUGCAAGAGCAACGCACUGCCAGAGCACACCAUGCUCCGCGCCGCGCGACUGCUCACGCGACAAAGACCACGCAAAGCACAAACGCGGGCCCAGCACCUACUCGUGUUAUUAAGACACGGCCAGUCCGAGUGGAACGCGUCGAAACGAUUUACAGGUUGGGUCGACGUGGACCUCACGGAGCAGGGCCGCGAGGAGGCGACGCACGCGGGCAUAAUGCUCAAAAGGCACGGCUUCGAAUUUGACGAAGCGCAUACUUCGUUAUUGAAACGCGCGGUACGAACCUUGUGGAGCGCGCUCCACUGCUGCGACCAGCACUGGAUUCCGGUCCGACGGUCGUGGCGGUUGAACGAGCGGCAUUAUGGGGCUUUAACGGGCAUGUCGAAGCAGGAGGUGAAAGACCAGAUGGGCGAGGAACUGCUCCAGAAGUUCCGGCGCGGCUUCGACAAGAAGCCGAUCGGCAUGCGCCCCGACCACCCCUUCUGGACGGGGCGGGAUCGAAGGUACCAGCACCUGGGGCCGAACGCCCUGCCCACUGGUGAAAGUUUGAGGAUGUGUCAAGAGAGAGUAUUACCUUAUUGGGUCGACAAUAUUGUCCCGGCGAUGCGGCGGGGUAAGAGGGUACUGGUCGCGGCGCACAACAACACGCUUCGCUGCUUGGUACAACAUAUGGACAACAUCGCGAUCGAGAACAUCCGGGACUUUGAAAUUCCUACCGGAAUACCCUUGAUCUACCGGUUGUCGGACGAGAUGGAGCCCAUCGGUGCGUCGACGGCGUCCGCCAGGUCGCGUCGGACAGUAAGCGCGAGGCCUCUGCCGAGAGAACAGAGAGAGGCCGCGUCGAUGGCGUGGGGGCGCAAAAACACACGAAAACACACAGGCAAGCCCGACGCCAUCGGCUUCAAGGGCAAGUUCCUCAUCGACGCGCAUAAAAGAGAUACGGAGUACCUGGCGAACAUCGAGGCCUUGCACACGUUCAAGCAUAGGUAUGAUCGGGUCGUGUCGCCGGUCGAGGGGCUGCCGCGCGAGGACGUGGUGCGGGAGUGCGAGACUUUUGGGAUUGAGCUGCCGAAGGCCUGGGCCGAGACGAAGAAGGAAAUUGGGCAGAAGCGGCGCGAGGCCGAGAAGGCCGGGGGCAUCGUCGGACACUAGUAAGGUCGUUGUUUUGAGCACUUGCGUCGAAGGCGUAUCGCGUCGUGGACUUUCCGGGAGCGCUCGCGUCGAUGGCGUAGGUGCUACGCCCGAGUCCCGAUGGGCGCGCGUCGUGGCGGG